ACUUAGCUUAUUUUAGUCUGUUGUCAAUGCAACGCUAUACAAGGAAGAUGUUGAUUGGCUCUUUGAACUGACGUCAGACAUGGAUGGAGCGCGCAUUUUCAUCUGAUCAUCUGGCUUUCAUCAUGCACGUUUGCUGAUUCAAGUUCAAAGCGAGGCUAAGCAAGAUGAUCUGGAAAUAAGAUGGACAUGACUCUGUCCUUGAGGAGAAAGGAUGUUGUGAUCAACAAGCCUCCUGUAAGCCAAAUACUCCAACGUUGGCCAGCACUUUUUAGAGAAAGUCAGGUGUAUCAAGAAUUCAACCGGGUGGUUGGGAAGAACCUCAAGCAAGAAUUUUAUGGGUCUCUUGAUCGUCACUGUCCUCAACUGAUUCAGAUCUUCAGGUCAAAGAGAGGUCUCGCCGGGCAGAUUUUGAGCGAUCUUCUGCAACAAGCCAAGACCUCUGAUCUCGUUGACAUGCGAUGUGUUGCCAUGAGAGGGCUUCCAGUACUUCUUGGUGAUGACCCAACUGAGUUCUUCAAAGCAUGCUUUGCUUCUGAUGAUGGAGACUCGUACCAACAUGUGCCAGUUGGAAUCCUCAGCUUAGAAAAUGAAGAUGUGGCUCUGCAACCCCUGUCCAUCCAUCUCCACCCAUCCUCGGUGGGAAUCAUUUUGGAGGGGAAUGUUGUAAUGGACAAUUUAGACAACAUACCCCAGGCCAUGUGUCUUCUUUUUGGUUUAACUUAUGCACUGCACCUAGGCUACCCAAAGUGCAUGGGCAACACCUUUCUUUUCAUUCAGCAAGUUUUGCUAGGUUUAGGAAAGAAGGAGUUGAAGGGCAAGAUUCUGGCUGUUACAAAUCAGCUUACCAUGUAAACAGGUA